CCUCGUGCGACAUCGCGCAGUCAGCUGCUGGCGGGUCGUGCAGCAGCAGCAGCACAGCCCGUGUUGUGUGUGCGUUGUGUGUGCACGCAGGACUGUCAUGGAGGCAGUUUGACAGCCUGCGACGACGACCGCGAACACCGCGACGACGACGACGACGAUGCCCACUGGCCCGCCGGCUGCCACCCUCGCGUACACACGCGCGUGAACACCACCAGCCAUUACCGGAAACAGGAAGACCCGAACGAUAAACAAGCAGCAGGCACUUUCAGCCGAGCAUCUUAUAAGAAUAGAAAAAUGCAUAAUACGAAUGGAAAAGUGCGCACGCUGAGCGCGAAAGACGCGCGUGCCUUGACCGGCGAGUUGAAUGGCAAUAAUAUCAUCCUGCUGCGCGGCACCAAGUCCUCGGAGAGCGGCCAUAUACUCCUGAACGCAUCCGGGAAGGGCUUGGUUGCCGGUGGUGAUGCCAAAAUCGGGCAGAUUAUUUUCCAACAGCAGGGUGAUGAGUUGGGUGAAGGGGUGUUUCUGCAAUCGGUGAAGCGCUUCGGAGGCGGCACGCCGAUACUUUUACUCAGCGGAGGCGGCGAUAAUGGCAAUGGGCAUAUUUUGAUUCAGACUACCACUACAACAACAGCUACUACUGCGCCUAGUAGUACCAAUACAGCUUCUGAAGGUGCUGGUGGAGGCGCCGGUGGAGGAGGAAAGGAGAAUAUCCUCGUGCAGGCCUUGGAAGGACUUCAGGAUAAGGAGGGGAAAUGUGCGUCGACGCCGCUCGGAUCAGAUGGUGAACCUAUCAAGUUACCGGAAAAUUUGGAAAGUCUCCCGCGUGCUGAUCAUUUUCCCACGCAGCGACACCGAUGGAACACUAAUGAAGAAAUCGCCGCCAUCUUGAUCAGUUUUGACAGACACUCGGAAUGGCAAAGCAAGGAGGUCAAAAUCAGACCAAAAAGCGGUUCUAUGUUGCUCUACAGUCGGAAGAAGGUGCGCUAUCGCCGCGAUGGGUACUGCUGGAAGAAGCGGAAGGAUGGCAAGACAACGCGCGAGGACCAUAUGAAACUGAAAGUACAAGGCACAGAAUGCAUUUACGGUUGCUAUGUCCACUCAGCAAUUCUGCCCACGUUCCAUCGACGAUGUUACUGGCUUUUGCAGAAUCCGGACAUUGUCCUCGUACAUUAUCUGAAUGUACCGUAUCCGGACGACAACAAAUUAGCGGUGAUCACGCCUAAUCUGGCGUUGUGGGCGGACAAGAAAGAGUGGACGAAAGACGAGCUCGUUUCACAGCUGAAACCAAUUUUUAGUGAGGACGAACCGGAUCUCAACAACGAAUUAGAAAUAUCAAAAUUCAAUCUGCAAACAGCAGAAACGGUGGAGGCGAUUGUAAGUCAACUCAUGGAAAAGCAGAGGGUUGCUCGGCAGGCAGCGUUAGUGAAGCAACUGGAAUGUGGUUGUCCAGAUUCAACGUGCGCUGAUGGGAAAACUUGCUCGCAUCCGAUGAGGCGAAUCACUUCCGCCAAACCUACUGAGUCACUUGCGGUUAACGCUAGUGGAUCAGCCCCUAAUAAUAACUCUCGUCCACCAAGUCGCGCUGACAACAACAAUCAAGUUUCAUCUACAACCGGCACUGGAAACGCCAGUUCGUUGCAUUUGAACAAUCAUAAUGCGCCGAGGGUGUACUCAAGGGACGCGCGGGCCCAUGCGCAAGCACUCAGCAGAUGCUCCUCUUCUAGUAACUCCUCAACACCCCCGUUGGUCCUCUCAUUGUCGCAAAUUCAGGGCGGUGGAGGGCUCAUCAUUCUCAACAGUGGAAAUGCAUCCGGCAGCAAUCAAAACACACCGGUGUCUGUUGCAGGAUUUGUUUGUAAUACCAAUGCUACACCCACGGUUACACCUACCAACACCAGGCAUAAGGAGAAGGUAGCACAGGCUAUGCAGAUGAAGCAGGAGGAAAUGAAAAUGGACUGCCAUCCAGGUAAUCCAAAGAAGAAUAACAACAACAGCAGCAGUAACAACGAAGCGAUGAGACAAUCACAAUCACUCUUCGACUAUCGUGCGCAACAGAUGCCCACCACUCAAGAGGUCAUCAUGUCCAGUGCGCCAUCCACACCUUCGAAACAAAUGGAUACCAGUCAUGAAUCGGACGUCCAGCUGGAGAAUCAAUUCGGCGAGACAGUUGUCCUCUUGGGGAGUGGUCAUGCGAAUGAUAGAGGCAUGAAGCAGUUGAAUUUUUUCAACGAGACCCUGGACCUUAGCCAGGAAGAUAUUCAGCGUACCCUUUCGGCAAACAUGCCCAAUUCAAACGGGGAAAAGACAGUUGAACACGAGCAUCACCAAGUGCAACAACAUGGCCGCCAACAUCAGCAGAACCACGCCCAUCAACCACAACAUCACGAUACGAUGUCUGGUGAGCUGAAUCCAAUGGAUUUCAUUGAUUGUUCUGUUGUGGUAUCACCAACUCAUGUAGUUGAUGAUGACGUGUUUGUGAAUUUGGACGCGUUUGAUAUGCUGGGGGAGUUUCCCGAUUUGGUCGAGGGGCUGGAUUCAGCACAUAAUGUUUUGCUGGAUGUUAAUCCGUCCGUGCGGGAUAAGACCCUUUCCGAAGGGCAAAUCACGCAAAUCAGCGCUCAAAGUCAAAUGGAUGGAGCGGCAAAGAUUACAGAUUACUCACCAGAAUGGGCGUAUCCCGAAGGAGGAGUUAAAGUACUGGUCACUGGUCCGUGGCAUUCUUCCGGGCCAUAUACGGUCUUGUUUGAUACGUUUCCGGUACCUACCACACUUGUGCAAAGUGGUGUUUUGCGCUGUUAUUGUCCAGCACACGAAGCGGGCUUGGCUACCCUGCAGGUCGCAUGCGACGGCUUCGUCAUAUCGAACUCUGUGAUAUUCGAGUACAAGCUGCCCCCUCGCGACGAGUCUGCGUUCGCCGCCGAGCCGAAAGUGGAGCGCUCCAACGAUAACCUGCUCAAAUUCACGCUCCUGCAGCGGCUGGAGGCGAUGGAUGAUCGAUUGCAAAUCAAGCAGGAACCACCGGAUGGAAGUGAUUUGCCCGAGGAUACGGCGUUGUUUACGACGCCGAAUUUUGAGGACCGGCUAGUGAACUACUGCCAGACGAUGUCGGCGCGCCUAUGGCGGCACGGCGAGGAGCUGAGCGUCGCCUGGUUCGCUAGCCACAAGGGCAUGACGCUCCUCCAUCUUGCCGCCUCUUUGGGAUACGCGCGACUCGUCUGUGCAAUGUUGCACUGGCGUGCAGAGAACUCUUCUCUCCUGUUAGAAACAGAAGUAGAUGCGCUUAGUCAGGACGAGGAUGGUCGGACUCCACUGAUGUGGGCUUGUUCACGAGGGCAUACAGACACAGCUGUAAUGUUGUACAAGUGGAACCACACCGCACUCAACAUGAAGUGCGUGUCUGGUUACACGCCCUUGGAUUGCGCGCGGACGAAUAACCAUCAGGACCUUGUGCAGGAAUUAGAAAAAUUAGAGACACGCCGCGAUAAGGUCAACAUGUUGCUGCAGAGUCAAAUCCAAGGCGAUAAUAAUGUCAUGCUGUCAUCAGGGGCAAUAUCCCCAGCAAGUUCUGUAACCUCCCUCACAUCUCUAGCCUCGGUAGCAUCAACCUCCAAAUCUCACGACGGGGUUUUCCUUCGUCCUGGAGUGGUCACACGCAGUGAAUCGCAAAAAUAUCGCAUGUUGAACCUUGACCUGGAUACGUUUGCCUCAGAUGGUAACCUAUGUGGUAAAAUGAACAGCUCUCCAAAUCCACUUCUAUCCGAAGGUAAUGUAAUACAUCAGCGCCAUCUGGGAAACGGCAACCGUUUCAGUAAGCGGCCAUCGGUUGAUAGUGGAAUUCAUUUGACUGGUGGUCAAUCUUCGGAUAGCUUAUCGUCGUUGAAAUCAAGCAGGCCCAUUAGCAAUCGAAUAAGGGAUAAACUUUCACGGUAUGAUCGUAGCAUGUCUCUUCCGCUGCACUCACCACAGUCAGCGUGUGGCGACAUCUCGUGUGACAAUGACAACAUGGAGAGUUACGGACGAAAGAUGGACUUUGCGCUAUGUGAAGUUAGUAAUACGGCGGCGAGAGUUGGCAGUCCGCUAAUCGACGUGGAGGCCGUGUCGGACGAGGACGUCGACACCGCCGACAGCAGCGCCGUAGGUCAGUCCGGGGAGCAGGAUGUGCGUGUGUUGACACUGGCUGAGCAAAUCAUCGCCGCCAUUCCGGAACGGAUUAAGAACGAAAGCGAGGAGAUGAUGCUUGAUCACAGCCCAGGGCCACCUGGGGAUGUACUUCAAUCAUCAGAUACCUUGAGUGAUGUCUUUAUGGAACCGCUUUUGGACCACUCGUCAUCGAGUUAUGAAUCAAACGAGUUUAAUUUUGAGUUUUCUGAUCACAACUACAGAUACUACGAUGUGGGCACGCCGGGGUCGAGUUUAAGCCCCGCCUCUUCCAGCUUACAGUCGCCAUGUUCGUAUUCGUUGGAUUCUCCAUCACCUCCACCGACCACGGCGGACUUUUGCGAGUUUUUCCAAGCAUCUGCUUCUGUCUUUGAACACGAUUUUUCCAACUUGACCUUGUCAGAUCGUGAACAACGCGAGUUGUAUGAAGCAGCCAAAAUCAUCCAGAAGGCAUACAGGUCCUACAAAGGUCGCCAACAGCAAGAGGCAAACAAGGAACGCGCCGCCGCCGUCCUCAUCCAAAACUACUACCGCCGCUACAAGCAGUACGCCUACUACAAGCAGAUGACCCACGCUGCGAUGGUCAUCCAAAAUGGCUACCGGUCAUACUGCGAGCAUAAGCGCUUCAAGAAGAGCCAGGAGGCGGCCGUGUGCAUCCAGAACUAUUACCGCAACUACAAGGAGCAGGGGGGAGGUGCCGGCGGUGGCGCCGCCUCUGCGGGAGGUGGUGCCAUCGCGAGGAGUGGCAGCAGUAGAGAGAGCACGCCCUCGGCGGGGCUCAACAGCUCUUGUAGAGACAGAAAAUUCUACACUUAUUGUUCAAUUAUAAGGACCUACUCGCAACGACGACAGCAUCAAGCCGCGAGGAAAAUUCAGCAAUUCAUGAGGCAGAGCAAGAAUAAUUUGUGGGACGAACCAUUGGGAAAUGUGGUUACAGAGAGAACGAGCCGAAAAAGAGAGGCAGGCGGGCCAACAGUCAGCGGAUGCCCGCCCAAGGUGAGCGUGUCUCGCGCCGCCCAGUUCCAUCAUCGGCCCAAGUAGGACACGCCUCCGGACGCAUUUAUACCCCGAUACCUAAAGAAGACAUUUUCGCUUUGACAGCUACGCCAGCCAGAGCCAGCUACAAAGAUGUUAUAUAAAUAUGGAGUAUAUAUUCUUGUAUUUUGGACGCGGGGCCGCGCAAAAGGUGCCGCCCAUUUGCAUAACCUCUAUCUACGACUUUAACUAAUCUCUUAAGGCAAAUUCAAGACGGUGAUUUUUUAACUAUACAUUAUCUAUGUAAGAAUGCGCGAGUCGCAAAAAGGAUCGACAACAAAAGUGAGACAAACGUUUAGCAGACAUAUUGUUCACACACACCCACACCUACACACACCCACACAGAUAAGACACGCCCACACUCACGUACACAACAUAUUCGGGUAAUUUAACCCUCUUUAAAUAUUGUAAGAGUUUACAUUUGACAUUUACUACUUCUACUACUACUAAUACUACUACUACUACAUGCAUAUUUAAACACUAGCUUUGAAUUAAGGUUAAGAAAACAUAAUGGGAAACGGUUUCAGUCAGUGCUGUGAUUUCCUUCGAAAAUUCACUAUUUAAAUUUACGUAGUAAAUAUUCUAGUCUAUUGCUCUAUUAGCUUUGUUUUUCGUUUGAGUUUUUUUGUUUCGUUUUGAUGUACAGAAUCGUAGAUUGGAAUAUUUUCACUGCCAUUCUUUUCAAAGGGUCGGAUUUCUUCCAAAAACAAAAAGUAAACUACUGCUGCAGCUGCUUUCCUCCGCUAGAUGGCGACACUCGCUACGUUUUUAAAAUAUAUUAACAAAUAAUAACUAAAAAUUCCAUCCAAAGAUAUAUAGAGAUGAAAGUAUCUAUUUGAUUAAUUCUAGACCGCCGUACAGGUGUGACAUGUACGCGCACGUGUCAUGAAAGUGAACACAUUUUUUGAAUAAUACUAUAUAUAAAUAUAUACAUAUAUAUGAUGAGAUUAAAAAGAAAACAAAGCAUAUAAAAGCUAAGCGAUAAAUAAUAUUAUAAUAAUUCUUAUAUAAACGAUAGUUCUGCUCAUAUACAUAUCAUGCAAAUUGCAAAUUAUUGCUAUUUCUUAGUGUGUAAUCUUUAUCUCUUUUAAAUUUAAUCGAGUCACGAAAACCAAGUGGAGCGUUGUUGACCAUGUUGAUUAUACUUAAACAAACAAAAACACUAUAUUGUAUUGUAAGCGUUUCACCAAACCAAACAAAAACGAGUAAUAAUGUGCGUGUGGAAGGGAAACUUGCGAAUAUUUUGAGGUUAAGGUUACUUUGAGGUUAUUACUAUAUUAUUGGCCUAAAAUGGGAUAAGAAAUGUACCUGCAUGCGGGUUUCCCCCACCUCGCCACGAGAGUGCGCUGCUCGCAGUUUUCGCUUUUUUUCAGUGCGCGAGCAGCGUGGAUAAUAAAAUGAAGAAGAAAAGAAAAAAACCAUCUAAAAUACUGUACAUACUGUUAUGCGUUUGAAAAGAUUUUAUUCUAUCAGAUAAUCGGCGAAUCUUACGGUAAUUACGAAAUUUUCUAGCGAUUAGGACUCAAAACUGAGCUUCGUUACAAGCAUCGCAAGCUGAUGCUGGGUUUUAAACACUGCGUGGCUUGCCGCGAAAAAUUAUAACAAUCAAACAUUUCAAUCUUUAGACACGUAAGUUUACAUUAACAUGAAUUUCAAACCAAAAAAACUAAUGAAUAACUAUUUAAGGAAGCUAACGACAGCAAGAAAUAAUUGACAUUCGUCAUGACUAGUACUUAAUACAUAGCAAACAACCAGAAGAGAAAUAUAUAAUACUAUUGCUUCCUUUGACGAGGAAUCCUUUUGCAUCAAAUAUGAUAUGAUAGUGAAAUGAAUAUAUUUUAAACUCGUAGGAUUUUUGGGCGAUUUGUAAAUAAUUUACGUUAUACCAAACAGAAAACUGUAAUGUUGAUUCGAAAUAAUAUUUUUGUUACAAGACUAUUCGUUCCCCGAGCGCGCUGAAUAUAGGUUAGGUUUGAGACGCUCUUCUCUAUCUCUUAGCCGCCUUUCACACACAUGAUUCAGUUACGAGUUGAGUUCGUCGUGCGACAAACGAAAAUGAGUAUUAGUUGUAUUUGUAAACAUGAAAAAUGUAACACCAAAAAGUAACGCGCAUAAGCAUUAAUUACCAAUAAAACUAUAUUGUAAACGAAGAAGGUAGCGACAUCUACAAAUCAAAGUAACGAAAUUGAUGCAUAUUUUUCAUAAUCAUCAAAAUGUAUUUAUAUGAGGGCUGGGGUAUGGAGCACCUGGGGCAGUUUACACCCGCCCCAUAUGCACGAAAAAUCGCUAAAACUUUUCAAUAUGGUUAGGGAUAAAGUGGCGUCGAUAGAUGUCGCUGUGCGUGCGGAGCAAUGGCGACAGGCUGCACUCUUACGCAAAACGAAUUUUAUCGUUGAUUGUCAUUCCUAGUUGACACUAAUUUAUUUAUUUAUUUAUUUAUUGUCUAAGUUGUUGUUGUCCAAGUAUUUCUGCGCAUUUUCUAAGUUAUUGUUGAAAAAAUAAGUCAGAUGUGUACUUAAGUAUCUAGUAAAAGUAAAAGUUAAAAAAAAAAACGAAGUGCGUGAUAAUUUUUCGAUUAAUAUAAUUAUUGUAAAAGUAAAACAUAUUUAUAUUGUGCGCGUGUCGCGACCGGCGCCAUUUUGUAUUUACAGCGCCCGUCGCGACAUUUUGGCGCUCUUCUUACCGACGUAUUUGUUGUUAUUGCAUUAGAGUGCGGAGACCGACUGUUGUUGAUUACUUAAUUAACUAUAUAUUUAAUUAUUACGUCUUAUUGACUAAUAAACACUUUCCGAAUUUCAA